GCAAGCCAUCGGGGCCUUAAAAACCAAGAGUUUUCGCACACCUGAAGUCACUUGGCCGGGGCUAGACUUUUGCCACCAUUGAUGCGAAGCCAGAAUGCAUCAGGGAGUGUACUCGGCUAGCUGUCAACCGACAAUAAACCCCAUUCAGCUCUUUUUUACUUAUUUAUUUUUUUCACUUGCUUACUAGGCAGCAGUAACCGAGGGGCCCACUAGCUUUAAGCUUGACGUUUGGGUUUGUUUGUUUUUUUGUAGAUCCAUCCCAUCUUCUGUCAUGAAUUAGUACUUAGGUGUGUGCGCGCUUAGACGUGUUCUUUUCUGAAGCACUGUUUUGUCUCACUGAAAAUUGAUGAUGGUCCGUGUAGAGUUGUGUCGUAACUGUACUGCCUGAGACAUCACCCACCCAGUUGAGCUCUGAUUGAGUUGCACUUGCCCUACACCUUGGGCCUUGCCUGCUGUACAUGGGAAGUGUGAAGUGGAGUAACGUAAGGUCACUGCCAUCAAAUAACUUUCAGCCUGUAUAAGCAGGAUGAUCACCAUACAGGAUAUCUACGUGGAGCUACCAUGGAAAAAUCCUGGAUGCUGUGGAGCUUUAUUGAAAGAUGGCUACUAGCCUUGGCGUCCUGGUCUUGGGCUCUCUGCCGCAUCUCUCUUUUACCCUUGAUAGUGACUUUCCAUCUGUAUGGAGGCAUUAUCUUACUUCUGUUAAUAUUCGUGUCGAUUGCAGGAAUCUUGUAUAAAUUCCAGGAUGUCUUACUCUACUUUCCAGAACAGCCAUCCUCUUCCCGCCUUUAUGUUCCCAUGCCCACGGGCAUUCCACAUGAAAACAUUUUCAUCAGAACCAAAGAUGGAGUGCGCCUGAAUCUUAUCUUGGUAAGAUACACUGGAGACAAUUCCCCAUAUUCCCCAACUAUAAUUUAUUUUCAUGGGAAUGCAGGCAACAUAGGCCACAGGUUACCAAAUGCGCUGCUUAUGCUGGUGAACCUCAAGGUGAAUCUUGUGCUUGUUGACUAUCGGGGGUAUGGGAAAAGUGAAGGAGAAGCCAGUGAAGAAGGACUGUAUCUGGAUUCUGAAGCUGUGCUAGACUAUGUGAUGACUAGACCCGACCUCGAUAAAACAAAAGUUUUCCUUUUUGGCCGCUCCCUGGGAGGAGCAGUGGCCAUUCACUUGGCCUCUGAGAAUUCUCACAGGAUUUCAGCCAUCAUGGUGGAGAACACGUUCCUAAGCAUACCACACAUGGCCAGCACACUAUUUUCCUUCUUCCCAAUGCGUUACCUUCCUUUAUGGUGCUAUAAAAAUAAGUUUCUGUCCUACAGAAAGAUCUCGCAGUGCAGGAUGCCUUCUCUCUUCAUCUCUGGCCUCUCUGACCAGUUGAUUCCACCUGUGAUGAUGAAGCAGCUCUACGAGCUUUCCCCAUCCCGGACUAAGAGAUUAGCCAUUUUCCCAGACGGGACCCACAAUGACACAUGGCAGUGCCAAGGCUACUUCACUGCACUCGAACAGUUCAUCAAGGAAGUGAUCAAGAGUCAUUCUCCUGAAGACAUGACAAAAACGUCAUCCAAUGUCACUAUUAUCUGAUGCCACCCUCUUGAUGGAUGCCUUGGGUUUCAGUUUGUGUAGAAUGAUGAUGUCCUUUCUGGGUGUGUGUUCAUGCUGGUCUGUACAGUGACUCAGAGCUUUGAAGGGCCUCAGCACUCCAUUCUGAUGGUCUUACAACUUUCUGUAUUUUCAGAACUGGGCUUCUUGAGAUUAUUUCAUAUUCCCACCAGAACUUCCAGCCUGGUUACAUACCCUUAACUUUAGUUUAAGAUGGCGGUGUGAUGGAGCUCUUCCAAAAGUCUCUUGUUGGUUAAGUGGUAAAAUCUGUGUUGUAAUAGGAUGUAGACACAAACAAGAAACCUGCAGGUGUCAGUCCUUCAGCAAACAUUGGGACAAUCACAGUAAGCAAGCCUAGUGCUACUGCGUUUUCACCUUACACAUUAAGAUGAAGUGCAUGGUGGUGUUUCAUUCUUGACUUAUGCAAUGCGAUAUUUUAAAUGUAAAUAACACUGGUCACAUGCCAAUGUAUAUGGUUCCCUGGGUUAUAUCUAUUUUUAUGUAAACUCUAUUUUGUUUCUGGUGAGGAAUGAGCGUGAGGCCUGUGAGCAGAUUCCAUGCUCUGCUGCUGAGAUCCGGGUUUUUCCUAAUAAUAAACAGGACCAUUUUCCAAUGUAGAUGUACUGUGUUUCUGUUAGGUACUGUCUGGAUCAUGGCUAGUGGGAUAGGAAGUUAGCAUUUUACUGCAGCUGUCUUUACAUAUUGAAUUUUUAAUAUUUGUGGUUUUGGUUGCAAACAGAAUUUUAGCCUCUGUCAGUUUGUGAAUCUCCAGCUAAAAAUGAACAGCCACAGGAAGGGCUGGAACUAGCCUAUAGUUGAGUUAGGCUAUCUCAACACGUGUGCACACAGCCUUAUGCAGUGUUCAUCUGAUUGAAGUCCCAGUACCUAGGAUGUGCCUGACCUGACAAAGGCAAGCAUCAUUUAGUGAACUUUUUGCAAGUAAAUUACAUAAUGAAAGAAAAGCAAAACAAAACAACAACAACAAACAAAUAACCAAGUAAGGCUUAAUAUUUCAGUUCUGUGUAAUGGGGCUAUGUAAUGUGAUAGUCCUAGGAAGUUUGUCAGUUUUUACAGGUGGAACUGAAGGAUUCCAAAGCUUUUGCCAACCUGUUAACACAUGUAGCAAUUAAAGGAGUUGUGGGUGGGAAGCUGUGCUUGACAAAGUGAGCCUCUGACACCUGAAAACAUUUGGUAACAUUCCAGCCAUGAGGUGUGGAACCUGCCAAGUCCUUUCCCACAGUCCUCACUAGGUAGAUGUGCUUGAGCCCUGCACAUUAGGUCAGCCCCAACACACACGGCUGCAGAUAACUUAGCUCUGUUUAUUGACCUUCCACAAGCAGCUAGAGCAGAGUAAUAAGGAGUCAAUUAUCUUGACCUUAAUUUAAAACUUUCCAUGAACAUAGGGCUAGAAAUACUUUUGCCAAGUAGCAUUCCUAGCCUUCAUUUUAUGCCAAUGUUUAGAAAACAAUAAUGUAUAGCAAGUAUAAUUUCUAAAGAAUAAUGCUUUUCUAUAGAUUAUUAAUUGUAAUGAGUCCUGUUUUUUAAAGAGUUGGUAACUCGUCAUGGAGGGUGUAUUUUGUAUGUGUAAAUUCACCACACAAUUAAAGGCUGCUUUUCAUCUUGUGAGUCUUUGCUAUGUAGAACGACUACCCUGAAUACUGACCCACUGAAGGGACAAAAAGUAACAACAGCCAGAAUGCUGUUUCUUCAGAAAUGAGCUGUCAUGCACACUUGAUCAGGUUUUACCUGUACAGAGUACUGUAUUCGUGUUCUGCUUCCAUCAGUCACUGGAUCUGUCGGAGUUUCCCAGCUUGAGUUGUGGAUAUUCUCCUAAUGAAAUAGGACAGCUGCCCCUUCCUUGAUGUUUUCUUUGCUGUUCUUUCUGUUCAGCUUCUGCUGGCUGGGACUUGAGGGGUAGAAGAACACUCUACUGCACCACCACCUUUGUCUCUUAGCGGAACCUUUAUUCUGCAGCAAAGGCAGCUAUGUUUAGGGUUAUAGGGCAUCUCUUGUGACCGGCCUUGUGUUUGAUGUGAUUUCUUUAGAUGGGUAGGGGUAUUUUCAGGGACCGUGACAGACCCUGGUCAUCAUUUCUACAAACUUUCUCGCUUGUUCUCAGUGAAACCUAAAUUCUGCCUGAGUCACUCCUUCACUUUGACCUCAUCAUAGGUAGGAAUGCUUAUGGUCUGUCAAUUUCUAGCUCAUUGUUCAAUAACACUGAGAGAAAUGGAUAAACAAUCUUUUUUUUUUCCCCCGGUUUUUCGAGACAAGGUUUCUCUGUGGCUUUGGAGGCUGUCCAGGAACUAGCUCUUGUAGACCAGGCUGGUCUCAAAUUCACAGAGAUCUGCCUGCCUCUGCUUCCCGAGUGCUGGGAUUAAAAGCAUGUGCCAUCACCACCCGGCUUAGGAGAAAUGGAUAAAUAAUUAAGUUAUUCAGCACUAUGAAUUUGUAAAUACAAGAAUUACCCUAAACAUGACAAGACCAACUUACUUAGAAAAAAGUCUAAAGUUCUGUAUUUUAGAGAAUAAUAGAGGAAAACAGAUUUUUUUUUCCUUAAAAGAUCCUACAGAAAAUACUGCAUACCCUGGGAAGAAAAUAUUUGUUACAGACUGAAGGCAAUCAAUAAGCUAGAAACCACUGACAGCAGUUGGUGACUCUGUUCCUAAAUUGGGAGUCAGAAAUACUUAAUUGAUAAGGUGAAGGAGCAGAAAAUGGCAGAACACCAUUUUAAAUCAAAGUCUGGCUACAACAUGACCCUGCAUCUGGUGUAAGUGUCUAAUGUUUUGCAAAUAGGGUUUGGACCAUGGAGACACAUCCAUUAAAUGUUGCUGUAAAAUGGGUUGGUCACAGGUGGGCUGGAGACACUUGACACAGAGACAGGUCAUGCUUCUGCUGACAUCACCAGAGCAAUGGCAUGUGUGUAGCUGAGGAUUCUUACCUGCUGUCUCUUGCCCUUGUGAUGGAUUUGGCUUGGGUGGGAAUAGGUCUGGUAGAGAUGAUUGGAUAGUACAUAAACUCUCUGGGAAGCUGCGCUUAGUAAUGGUUUAUGUUAGCGAGUCUUCCCUCCUUAACGUCGGGAGUUAGUAAGGUGACCCCUUGAAAGAAGUCACUUUUCCAUCUAGGCCAGUGGGGCUCAAACAACCCUUUCACAGGGCAUGCCUAAGACCAUCAGAAAACACCAAUAAUUACAUUGUGAUUCACAGCGGUAGCAAAUUACAAUUGUUGAAAGAGCAGGAGCAGCAAAAAUAUCGUUAUGGUUGAGGGUCAGCACAACAUGAGGAACUGUAUUAAAGGGCCACAGCAUUAGGAAGGUUGAGGACCACUGCUCUAGGUCAUCAUUAACAUCACUUGAGCCCGUUGAUCAAAACCCUUUUCCUCUCAUGUUUGAUAAUUACAUAUUUUAAAAGACUGAAAGGAAAAAAAUUAGUCAUAAGUAACCCUUUUGUAUAGUUCACUUAAACUGAAGUAUUUUCGUGUGACUCAGGUAAAGUUGGGAUCUACACAGCACAGGAGUCUAUUUUUUAGCUUGCUAACUAGAAAAUGGAAAACUUGUAUUUUCACUGCAUAUGCACCUCACCUCCCCUAAUCAGAAACACUGCUCACUUGUGUGGCAAAGUCAGUCAGUCUUCCUAUUGCCAGUCAACAUUUGCCAAUGGCACAGAUAUACCUCCAUUUAUAUUUUGUAUUUUAAGAAUGUAGAUUAAGAUAGGACUGUAUAACCCACACUUUUUGACAUAAAGUGCAAUAUAUACAUAUAUAAUGGGUGUAUUGCAACAUAAUUUAUAACAAUUUCUGUCAGUACAGCAUAUACUGAAAAUUCAUCCUCCACAUGGUUAGUUACAUUCACUAUGAAGUAAGUUAGUCCAGUUUCAUAAUCUGAGUCAUAAUUUUGUUAUUGCCAUAUUUUCUUUGAAAUAGUAAUAAAAUUUUGUAGCUCAAAUUUGAAUGUUCUCAUACCUGUACACUAACCAUGGCAAGGAAACAUUUGUGAGGUUUUUUGUUUUUUACAUCUCUUUUAAGGUAUACUUUUUAUUUUUCUGUACUGACAUGCAAUAAAUUGAUACAUGAACAAUUUGGUUAAUGUUAGAUAGUUUGUAUUCAGUCUUUUUAAAAAUUCUAUUCAUGUAUUGUAGGACAUUAAGGUAUCUAAUAGUUCAAUAAAACUAUGGCUUACACUGAA